GGCAUGAAUGAAGGUACUCGGCUAGUCAGUGCGGCUCUCGCUUCCCGCGCGCUGGUUGGCGUGCUCUCGCUAGUAAACGCUUCCAUGGCAGGGCCGCCAUGAUGGCUUUCUGUUCGACGCGCUCAACAUGGAAAGUUACGAUGGCGUUUUACUGUAUUUGUGACUGAGUGCGCGCCAGCGAGAGCGAUGGGAACGUGCUAGGGAAGCCGCAUCGCCCGCUCGUUGCUGUCGCGGACGGCCCGCGCGUCGCGAUACGCCACGCGGACGCUGGAUAGAUUUAUGUUGGCCGCGUCGCGUUACAACUGCUGUCAACAAGGAUGUCCAAGCUCUCGUUUCGGGCGCGCGCCCUGGACGCCGGCAAGCCGAUGCCCAUCUGCAUGGCCGAGGAGCUGCCGGAGCUGCCGGACUACUCGGUCAUCCAUCGGGCCGUGCCGCAGAUGCCCUCCGGCAUGGAGGAAGAGGAGGAAUGUGAGCACCAUCUGCAGCGUGCUAUUUGCGCCGGGCUCAUCAUUCCUACUCCCGAAGUGUCGGACAUUGCGGACAAAUCUGUGCACGAUAUGCUCUACCCGGCCAACUAUAAACAACCACGCGAACUCAUACACAUGCAACCUUUCACUAUGGAACAAGACAUACCUGAUUAUGAUAUGGAUUCUGAAGAUGAAAGGUGGCUGGACUCUCAGGCAAAGCGAAUCGAUUUGAAACCGCUCAAGUUCGAAGAGAUGAUGGACAGGCUGGAGAAGAGUAGCGGCCAAACAGUGGUGUCGCUUGCCGAAGCCCAGGCAUUGUUGAAGGAGGAUGAUGAUCUCAUUAUUGCCGUAUUUGACUACUGGCUGAAUAAACGCCUGAAACUGCAACACCCUCUAUUAUUGGCUGUGAAAACCGAACAUAGAGCCGGCACGGCGGUGAACAAUCCUUACAUCGCGUUUCGCCGUCGCACGGAAAAGAUGCAGACGCGCAAAAACCGGAAGAACGACGAGACCUCCUAUGAAAAGAUGCUGAAGUUGCGGCGGGAUCUCUCGCGCGCCGUUAGUCUGCUGGAGUUCAUCAAGAAGCGUGAAAAGACGAAACGCGAGUUGAUGCAGCUCACGGUGGACGUGUACGAGAAACGCUUCCACGCGAAAGACUUCAGCGGAGCUAUCGCCGCCGAGUUUGCUGCGCAGAAGGCGUCACGGCCAGCAUUCACACCUAUCUUCCAGAACAAUUACACGAAUCAUGCGUGGAAUAACAAGUCCGGUAUCAAAGAGGAACAGCUGCAACGCGGUCAAAAACGGCCGUACAAGAAGCGCAAACACAAAUCUUCGCAGCUUGGCCAUCAACGCUUACCGACACACGCGGACGGUGCUGGCGGGGUUUCAUCUGAGGAUGAGCUUGUUGCGCCGCCUUCACCCGAGCCUGAGGAGCCUGAGGACGAGGGUCCUUUUGCAUUCAGACGGCUCAAGAACUGCAGUUAUCAUAUGCCGUUGCCACAUCAAGGCAACUGGCCAUGGUGCUCGCAGGAUGAGCACGGCGGCGGUGAUCAUCGGUAUCGGUACACGCUGACUUCUUUAAACCACCCGCGAACGUGCGUUGGUUUUGCGCGGCGGCGAAUGGGACGCGGUGGCCGAGUGAUACUCGAUCGACUGUCUGCCGACGUCAACGACUUCUGGCGCAUGAUGGACUACACGGUGUACGAUUCGACGGACGCGGUGACAGAAGCCGCGGCGUGCGCUAGAACUGAGAUCAAAGUGGAGCCGCAGGAGGACUCGCUUCCUGCGGCGGCGAGGACAAGUGUGAGUGAAGUGUGCGAUGUUUCGUUAUCAACCGCGACGACUGUGAGUGAAGGUGUCAAACAAGAGUCAUCUGAUGACCUCAUAUUUGACUCACAACCAUCCACCGUCCAGCAGCCUCCGCCACCUCUGCGGACUAAACACCUCACAAAGGAAGACCACGACGAAAUGCUGGAAAUCCUACAAUCUGUUCGGCGAGAUUGGUUACACUUUCGGCCGAAAACACCACCUCCGGAUUGGAGUCCGCCGUGCGACAUGCUACCGGCGGAUGAGGCGUUUGCGCCUAGUGCCAAUACGCCGUUCUCGCUAGAGCUGCGAACAUUGGACGACAGCGAUCUCUUCACGGAGCAGUCCUUUGUCAGCGCGCCACUCCUCCUUGACUAUGACCUCUUGCCGGAGGUACCCGUCACGGACACGCGGCAGGCAUCAUCGACACAUUCACCUCCCCCAAAUACGCUUAUUUCAACGCGGCGCGACGACGACCACGUGGUCGGCUGCUCUAGGUUUAGUGUUAGUGAUGGCACGGCCCAUGGGACUGUGUCUAAGAAAUCCGACAGACUGCUGUGCACCGUUUCGAGUACGAGUACCUUCGCUAGUCCCAAGCUGUUGAAUAGUGUUGCCGCGACGCCGGCGUCGCCUGCUGCAGCGCGAGCUGCCAUCGCAGCUGCAAGCGGUGUACUCGCCAAUUCCACCGCGACCGGUUAUGAUGCACCUACGACGAUUGGCAAUGCAAAUGGUAUUGUGACGUCAUUAAUUGAAGGUGGAAAUCGGACGAGAAUGAGCAAGUAUGAAACAUUCAAUCAUCCAUACGCGCGACCUCCGGUGGGAAAUAACUUGUCUGGAGGCGGUAAUAGUGCUUUCCGUGGUCUGCAUACAUCCAUACCGCUGAACAGCCAUAGUGCCAACAUCUUGGAGAUUCCAAUGAGUGGCGACGCGGUUGCGGACGCCGUUUCCGCGAAGGGUCAGUGCGACGCAGAUGGCAGUUCGCCGUCGAAUAAAGCAGCAGCGGCAAACAAGUCCAUCGUGCGAAAAAGCCUCGUCAUGGAAGUGACGUGAUGCCUAACGAUGCACGGGCGGCCGACCGUCCGCUCGCUACACCACUUCGUUAUUCGCUGGGCGAAAGAGCGCGUCGUUAUUUCGUUACGUUUAACAGGACGCGCAGGAAGACGACUUAGGAUAGGUUACGUUUUUUUGACGUUUGCCGUUUAACGUUUGUUUCCCGACCGUUAGGCGACCCAGAGCGUGCCGCGCCAGGCAGCGAGGUACCUAGCUGAAACACAACAAACUAAAGAACAUACGAAUUUUACGCUUAAUAUUUUAAACAAGUAAACACAAAAACUGGAAAUUACGAUUUCUCAAACAAGAACGACUCUUUACUCUUCCUUGCUCCAGUACUGGAAACUUUUGUACAUAAUGCGUUGAGCUAAAGUUCAGCUUAAGUAUUUUCGAACAAAUUUAAAACGUUUAACUCGAUCGUACAUGAGAGGAAAAGGGAAACAAAAAUUAAUGGAAAUUAAAGAGGACAGUCAUUCUAGCACCCAGCAGACAGUCAGAACCGAGAUUUUUUAAACUUAUAGUAUUAUUGUGUUCAUACAUUUAGGCGAUCGAGGUCUCGAUCGGCUCUUUAGUUAGCUUUACAUGAGUUUCAAUGCAGAUAUUUGAGGGGAACCCAUUUUUGCAAAGAAUCGUCCCCGCCCGCUCUACGAAAACUUAUUGUCUACGACUCGCGCAGGACGAGUCGCAUAAUUUACUAGAAACAAUUAAUAAAACCUGAGAUUCACUCAAUUCAUUGAACGAGAGUUUUUGCGCGACACUAUGAAUGUCGCAUUACCAACUUAAAAGUUUCGACGCAAAUAAACGCAAAACACGUGGAAAAUGUAUAAAUAAAUUUCACUCUAGGUAAUUUAAUUUAUUAUUUUUCAUUUUGUAAUUUGUAUCGAUAAUGUUUACCUAAUUAGUCAUAAGGAUAAAUGAGGCUGUUAAAUAUUUUCUAGUAACUUAUAACAAAAUAUACACACACACACAAAAAUUAUGUUGAGAACAAGCGAAAUUUCCACAGAUUUCAAAUUGGCGGUCGAAAAUACAACUUUGUACUUAUACUAUUAGCAAAUAUUUGAUGAAAAAUGUAGCUCAAAAAACGUCACUUUCUUAUCAGUUAACUUAUUUCGUAGUGGAAACGAUGUAAAUACUUGAUCCGUGGAUGAUGGAAAACAUUAGACGCAUUUUUAAAGCGUAACUUAAACAUGAAUAUGAAAUAAGAAUUAAUCUAGGUGUUAAACUGUCGAAAAUGAAGAAACUAAAAAAAGCAUGUUAAGAUAUCAACUUUUCUCUUUGUAAGUGUCGAGCAAUUCGAGAAAAUGCCGCCUCACCCCGCAAACUAAUUAAUUGCAAACAAGAAAUUUAAACGAUGUAUUUAAAAACAGUGACGCAGAGUCGUAUACAUGUAAUUAAACUGUAUAAUUAAUAUUGUAAUUUCAUUGAUUGAUUACUCAUUGCAAAGGGAGUGUGAGGAAUUUUUGUAAAUAUAGGCGAUAGAAAAUUGUAAAAUGAAAACGACAAAAAAAUUUAUGCAAAAGUACGUGGAAAAUGAAGAAAAAAAUGUAUUAUAAUGAGAAUAAUAUUUCAAUAUUUGAAAGCGAGAUAUUUCCAUCAGGUACUUCAUUCGUAUUCGCACGCUCUAGACAUUCGAUUGCAUUCGAUUGAAUGGAAUCGAGCUAUGAGCGUGCAAAAUGGAUAAACUGAGCAGUGUAUGUUUUAUAAACAGAACAGAAAAGCGAUAUAAAUUUAAUAAUUUAUGAUGGAAAUUGAAUAUUGGAUGUUAAUUUGAUUGAGACAUGUUGAUGACACUCGAAUGAUACUUCCCAAAAUGUUUGUACUAUGCAAAGUACGUUUAAAAAACAAAACAGCCAAAAGCGGUACCACAAUGACCGAACACAAUCAACAAUGGUGAAACAAUAAUUUUGCUUGAAAUGGCGGGAGAGUAUAAGUUUGGUUAGCUUCAACGUCAGUGGUACCCGUAUUAACACUAAACAAACUAGCAACUGUAACUACGAGAUCGGUACUUACUCCACAAAUGUGUCUGUAUCUUGUCGCAGUGUCGUCGAACGUUCUCGAAACUAAAGACGGAAACUUUACUGUUGGGCGUUCGUCGCAUGCGCGCCGCCAUUUCGGUUAUUUUUUCGGGCGUCCGCAUCGCUGACAAAAAAAAACGAGCAUAACACAUAAACAUGACAAGACUGAUUGUAAUUUAAUGCCAUUCUGGGCGCGUGCGCGACGAAACGCUCUACGGCCUCAACGCCUCAAGCAAAAAAUAAUAAUAUUUAAAAAGCUGUACAUUUGCAGUUUGCGAUUCUAACGCGAAACACUUCAUACUAAACGUUUAAUUGGUAUAAAGUAAAAAUCAAGUAAUGUAAAAUAUGCUAGAUUAAUUAAUGAUUUAAUUGAAGAUGAAAAAAAAAAAAGGAAUCAAUGGUGCAAGCUACAAAUUUUCAUGUAUGUAAAAACGUUUCAAACUUCCCUAUCUCUCUUCAUCUUUUAAGACACAAACGAAGAAAUGCUAAAUAUGCAGAAACAUUUUUAGUAAUGAAAUAAUUAUUGAUAAUCUACACUUACCUUUGUAAGGGCGCUGAUGUGUGAAUUUGUAAAAAAAUUGCUUGGUUAGUUUUAUCAUGAACAAGUCAGAAUUGAAGUAAAAAAAAAACAUGUAACAAAAGAAGAAACAUUCCUUUAUUGUAAAACGUUUGCGUUUGUGAGUUCACAUUUUGUUUGCAUCAACAAAGACAAAUGCUAUCGACCGAUUUAAACAAAAUCUGUUACAUAAUGUACAUAUAAUGUAGAAAAUGUGAUUUUAACUUUAGUUUAACCUAAUCGAUUUGCGUUAAGGCGUAUUAAAUUAAGCAUACUAAUUUUAAGUGAUUGGCAAAAGUUUAGUUCGUAAUAUCGAGCGAUGCGCGCCGCCGAAUUAUGCACGCGCGCGCGUCGCUCGCCAUUUUGGUAACGAUGUAAAUUAUCUUCAUUUUAUCUUGCGAAUUUUUCGAUUUCCACUUCGAGAAUUUAUGAUUAUGCGCGAUUUACGAUUCAUAUAUUAUAUUAUAUUUGUAAUCAUUACGGGUCCCAGAUGGAAGGUGUGCUGACGCGCGACUAUUUGAAAACGAUAAAAAUUCGACGACAAAAAAAUGAAUAAAAGUGAAAACACAAAAAAACCUAACGAUAAAAAUGAUGACGUUGAAAAUGGAUUAUUAUAAAAUAUUUCAAUGUAUAUUUGUAAAUAUGUGAUUAGGUAUUAAUAUGUGUACGAGUGAUCAGUGAGAGAAUCCGCGCUCGAUGCGGGGGCGGAGAAUUUCAAAAAUCGAAACAACAAAAAAAGAAACAAAAGCAAAACAAA